AUGUCGACCGGGCGCGUUGGCACGGCGCAGCUCGCGAGCCUCCAGGGCGACUCGGCGCACAUCCGCAACAUCUGCAUCAUUGCGCACGUCGACCACGGCAAGACGACGCUCAGCGACAGCCUCGUCUCCUCCAACGGGAUCAUCUCGGACCGCUUGGCCGGCAAGAUUCGGUACCUCGACAACACGGAAGAAGAGCAGCUCCGCGGGAUCACGAUGAAGUCGAGCGCGAUCUCGCUGCUGUACGAAGGCCCGUUGACGCCGGCCGAGAAAGCCCAGCGCGGUGGCUCGGACGACGACACGGUCCCGUACCUGAUCAACCUCGUCGACUCGCCGGGCCACGUCGACUUUCGCGUCUGCGCCCAGACCCACGCCGUCCUGCGGCAGGCGUGGCAAGAAGGCAUCCGUCCGUGCCUCGUCCUCAACAAGCUCGACCGCCUCAUUUACGAGCUCCAGUUUACGCCGCUCGAAGCGUACCAGCACAUUUGCCGCAUCGUCGAGCAAGCCAACGUGAUCAUUAGCUCCAUGAUCCGCGCCGACCUCCUCGACGAGCAAAGCGAGAUGGACAUGAGCGACCUCGUCGACGACGACGGCGACGAGACCGAAGCCCGCGAGCGCCGCUGGAUGUUUUCGCCGGCGCGCGGCAACGUGCUCUUUGCGAGCGCGUACGACGGGUGGGCCGUUGGCAUCGGGUACUUUGCCGCGUACUACGCCAAGAAAUUCGAGAUGCCGCAAGGGCCGUGGCGCCAAGGCCUCUGGGGCGAGUUCUACUUUCACGGCAAGACCAAGAAGAUCCGGUCGACGCCGUGGACGUCCAACAGCCAGCCCAUGUUUGUGACCUUCGUGCUCGAGCCGCUCUGGGCCGUCUACAAGGCCAUGGAAGAGCCGACCGAGCACAACCCGGACGCACUCCCGCCAUUGCGCCAGCUCACCAAGAACCUCCGCGUGGCCAAGGUCGUGAGCGACCGCGAGCUGCUGCAGAAGGACCGGCGCCUCGCGCUGCAGUGCGUCAUGCGCAAGUGGCUGCCGCUGGCGACGUCCGUGCUCAAGAUGGUGACGCGCAUGCUGCCGUCGCCCGUGACGGCGCAAAAGAGCCGCGCCGAGCACCUCUGCGUCGUGAACCCGGCGUUCCCGGACCAGCUCCGGACCUUGAACGCGAUUCAAGCGUGCGCCGUCGACGAUGACGCGCCGGUCGUCGUGUACAUUUGCAAGAUGCUCUCGGUCGAGGCGACCAACCUCUCGGACUAUGCGACCAACGCGACGCUCCGGGCCAUGUACCCGAUCAAGGAGGUCGGUCCAAGUAUCAAUGUAUCAGACAACCGCGGCGCCGAGGCGUAUGUCGCCGUCGCGCGCGUCUUCUCGGGAACGUUCCGUCCGAAUGCGCCCAUGUUUGUGCUCGGGCCCAAGUACAACGGCGAGGGCAUUGGCAGCAGCCACGUGACGGCGCUGCCGCCCAUGGCGCUCGGCCUCUACAUGGUCAUGGGCAGCGACUUUGUCCGCGUCGAGCACGUGGCCGCCGGCAACAUUGUGGGCAUCCUCGGCCUCCACGAGCACGUGCUCAAGACAGCAACGCUCUCGAGCACGCUCGCGUGUCCGUCCCUCGCGCGCAUGCCGUACCAGGCCAAGCCGAUCGUGCGCGUGGCGGUCGAGCCCGCGGACCCGCGCCACUUUGCCGAGCUCGAAGCAGGUCUGCAGCGCCUCUACCGCUCCGACCCGACGGUCGAAGUCCACGUCCAGGAGACGGGCGAGCACGUGAUUGUGGCGCUCGGCGAGCUCCACCUCGAGCGCUGCGUCAAAGACCUCACCGAGCGCUUCGCCAAGGUCCCUCUGCACGUGUCGGAGCCGCUCGUGGGCUUUCGCGAGACGAUCGUCGCCAACGAGACGGGGGGCACGGCCUUGCUGAGCACGAUCUUCAAGGACCUCAAGCUGGCCGAGAUGACGACCAGCACGACGGCCGACGGCAAGCACAAGACGCUCGUGUGUCCGACGCCGGACGGCCAAGUCGCCGUGCACUUGCGCGCGGUGCCGCUGCCACCGGCAGUCGUCGACGUGCUUGAGGCCCACGCGGAAGACUGGAAGCGCUUCCACAGCACCGACGACGAUGCGGACGUCGCCACGUACGUCCGACAUUCUUCACAUGAUAAACUAAGAGCGAGGAGGCUGCGGACCGAGGUGCGGACGGAGCUCCAAGCUGUCCUCGCGGCCUGCGACGACGCCUUUUGGAAGACGAUGGACCUCGACCGUCUCUGGAGCUGUGGUCCUCGCCGGGUGGGUCCGAACCUCUUGAUCAACAACGUGCCCGACUGGUCAUCGCCCUCGACCAUCUGGGUGCUGAACCGCGGGCUCGUGACCGACGAGCGCAUGAAGCUCGAGUCGUCGCUCGUCUCGGGCUUUCAGCUGGCGACGGCCGCCGGCCCGCUCUGCGACGAGCCUGUGUGGGGCGUCGCGUUCGUCGUCGACGACAUUGUGCUGACGCCGGUGGACGCGGACGCGGAGGCCGUCUACGGCCCGCUGAGCGGCCAAGUCAUCUCGAGCAUCAAGUCGGGUUGCCGCAGCGCCUUCUUGCACGCGCCCGUGCGCCUCGUCGAAGCCAUGUACAAGUGCACGGUGCAGUGUCAAUCGGAGCAGCUCGGCAAGCUCUACAGUGUGUUUGCCAAGCGCCGGGCGCGCGUCGUCGGCGAAGAGCUCGCGGACGGCAGCGCGCUCUUCAGCGUCGAGGCGUAUCUGCCGGUCGUCGAGAGCUUUGGCUUUGCGACCGAGCUCCUCAAGAACACGAGCGGGAACGCGAGCAACCCGCAGCUGCUCUUUGACCACUGGGCCGUCAUGCCCGACGACCCGUUCUUCCAGCCGACGACGGACGAGGAGCGCGAAGACUUUGGCGAGGCGAUCGCAGAGCACAACGCGGUGCGGAAGCUCCUCGAGGGCGUCCGGAAGCGCAAGGGUCUCUCGCGCGAAGAGAAGAUCGUCGUCCACGCCGAGAAGCAGCGCACGCUCGGCCGCAACAAGUAG